UGACGCACACGUUACGUUGAGUCGCGGCCAGUGCACUGCACCACCGUUGUGAACGGUUCCGUUUCGCAACAGCACUUUACGACGACGGCGGGAACUUCUCGCCGUUAAUUUAAUCCACGUCUUUAAUAACUACAGAAACGGUUAACGGUCAGAGACGGUAUACUGAUGGAGUUCUAAUCGGAAAGACACUGACUUGGAAACUGAGGUUGGCGGCGUUGGAUUCAGCCAUCAUGGCUAACGUCGGAAAUCAGCAACAAGCACAGGCCGUUAGCAAGCCUGCACCAGGGAAACAUGGAAAUGUAUUGCCCCUGUGGGGCAACGAAAAGACUAUGAACCUAAAUCCUAUGAUUCUCACCAACGUGCUGUCUUCACCAUAUUUCAAAGUUCAACUGUAUGAACUAAAAACUUAUCAUGAGGUUGUGGACGAAAUCUACUUCAAGGUGACUCACGUUGAACCUUGGGAAAAGGGAAGCAGAAAGACUGCGGGCCAAACUGGAAUGUGCGGAGGGGUGCGUGGAGUUGGGACUGGUGGCAUUGUGUCUACUGCUUUCUGUCUUCUGUACAAACUGUUUACCCUCAAGCUGACACGCAAACAGGUGAUGGGUCUGAUCACCCACACAGACUCUCCCUACAUCAGAGCACUUGGCUUCAUGUACAUAAGAUACACUCAGCCCCCCCCAGAUUUGGUGGAGUGGUACGAUGGCUUCCUGGAUGAUGAGGAGAUGCCCAUUGUGCAGCAGGAGCUCGACGUGAAGGCAGGAGGCGGCUGUGUGAUGACCAUCGGAGAAAUGCUGCGCUCCUUCCUGACCAAACUGGAGUGGUUCUCCACUCUUUUCCCUCGUAUCCCAGUGCCUGUGCAGAAAAUGAUUGACCAGCAGAUGAAGGCUCGACCUCGUAAGAUUCCUCAGAAGGAGGCACAGGAGGAAGCAGCGUACACAGAAUCAGGGAGGCCAGGGGAACGCCGCCGCUCCAGAAGCCCCCGGCGGACACCAACUCCCAGAAGGUCUCCUAAACGGUCAAGGAGCAGGAGCCACCAUCGUGAGCGGGACCGCCAUGGCCCCAGUUUUGACCGCGAGCUGGAGAGGGAACGAGACCGGCAGAGAAAGGAGAGAGAGGGCAGGGACAGGGACAGAGACAGAGACAGGGACCGGGACAGGGAAAGGGAGAGAGAGAGGGCCGAUCGAGGAGAUAGGGAGAGACGACGGUCCCGCAGCACAGACAGAAACCAAGACCGGCGAGAACGCCGACGGAGUCGCAGCGGCAGCCGGGAACGAAGGAGUGAACGAAGAGACAAAGAGAGGGACGGGGGUGAUGACAGGAGCAGGAAGAAGGACAGGGAUCACCACAAAGAUAGGGGCGGUGACAGGGAGCGGUCCAGAGAUAAGAAGAGCAGGGGAGAGGCUGAUGAGAGGAGACACAAAGAUGACAGGGACAGGCACAGGGAGGAGAGGAAGGCCAAACGCUCCAGCCGGAGCCGAAGUAGGGAGAAGAGGCACAAAAGUGGUAGAACAGACGGAGAGGAAAAGAGCCGGAAAAGGGAGCGCAGUCACAGCAGAGAGAGGGACAGGGACAGAGACGGAGAGCAGCGUUCUCACAAACGUAGUCACAGCAAAGAGAAGAGCCAUCGUCAGCGAGAGUCCAGCAAUGACCGUGGUAAACAUGAACGCCGUAGGAGCCAGAGCAUCGAGAAAAUGUCCCCUUAGAGCAAUAUCAAUCAACUUCUUGUUUCUUUCCUUUCUCUUUUUCUACUUGAUUGUCUAGUCUGCCACUUGUGCUAAAGAGAGGAAAUGUUAGCACGACAGACAUCUGAAAUUGUCUCGUUUGGCCAAUGUAAUGUUGCUUUAUGUUUUAUCUUUUUCUGACUUUUCACUCCCCUGUAGCGCAUUGUUAGUCUUCACUUUGAAUUUCAAAAGUAUGCCAUUUUAAUUUUCUAUGGUUCAUUCUUUUUUUCUCCCAGGAUGUCAUGGCUUUGUACAUAAGUGAGAACAUUUUAAUCCUCUGGGGCAGUCUGCAGAUGGGAAUUUUUACCACACACUGAGCCCUGCUUGUACUGUGUUUGGGUUAUUGCUCCGUUGCAUUUUGUUUUCUAAUAAAACACUUUUACGGAAGGAGA